AUGCAUCGAGCGAUCGCUGCCCUGUCCCAGCGGCUGUCUGCCGACACUCGAUCGAGGCAGCACCAGCGAUUCAGCAUCUACGAACAGCGUCUGUCGAGCGACGCCAGCGCGACAAUACGAAGUGCUACGCGGGCCGAGUUGGGCGGUGUUGAACUGGACGACGGCGAUGUCACCACCCAGGAGGGAGGAGACUGCCGGCGUCAGUCGAGCGACCGACAACUGAGCCAAGGCGCGGAGGAAGAGGAGGAGGAAAGCGAAGCCGACGUCGAGUGUGAGUACGUCGUCCCUGCGCUGGCUCUUCAGGCAGUCUCCACGGUUGUUCCCGAUGCAGACGGUGGCGAGGUCGAGAGCCUGGAGCUCGACGCCAGCGAGAUUCAACUUCAAAGGGACGCGUUCGGGCUGCCUCCCGGCGAGCCCUUCAUCGAAUACUACCUGUGCGGCAUGGAGGGACCACUGCAGGCGCACAUCCGGGGCAAGCUCUACGUGUGGCAGCACCACCUGUGCUUCCGCCCCUACGUCCCCUGCUCCUUCCUGGGCUGGAACAGCUUGGUGGUGCGGUUCAAAGACGUGGUCCUCAUCAAGAAGACGCUUGGGCACCUGGUCUUCCCCAACGCCAUACUGGUGCGCACGAACAAGCAAAAGCAUAUCUUUGUCGGGUUUCUACGCCGCGACGAGUGCCUGUCCAUCAUCGAGUUCCUUUGGGAGAAGCGCCACGAGACCGAACCUAUCAUUGUGUCGGGCCAGCCUCUGUCUCGCAUGCUGGGGAUGAUCAAGUACCCCAAGGAGAGCCGCGAGCUUCUCCAGCUCUUCAGUCUGGCCGAUACCGAAGUCCUCGUUGAGCAGUACGUGUGCAGCUACAAGGAGGGCAGCCUUCCGACGCGGGGACGGAUGUACAUAUCACAAAACUUCAUCUGCUUUACCUCGACCCUCAUCAUUCAGCUGCGGCCAACCAAGGCACGUGUGAUUCUGCCCUUUGAGCACGUGGUGUCAAUCACCAAGGACUCGACUGCGUUCGUGAUCCCCAACGCCAUCGAAGUCAUCGUACAGAGUCCCGGCUCCGCCGUCCAGCGCCAGCUGUUCUUCCAAGGCUUCAUGAGCCGAGACAGAACGUUCAGCGUGCUCACCACCCUGUGGCGGCGGGCCAAAGCGGGGAAGCACCUCACCAAGCUGCUGGUCCGGAGGAACGUGAACGUGCGGGCCGGUAUUCGGUACGAGCGGCUCAGGAAGGAGCUGGUGUCCCUCGGCAGCGAGGUGGUGACGGUCGACUACAACCAGCCGGACUCGCUCCGCAAGGCGAUGGAAGGUGUCGACAAGGUCGUCUUCAUUCCGCCGCUCGCAGAGAACAUGAAGCAACAGACCGUCAACCUCGUCGAAGCCGCCCUGGCCUCCACGAGCGUCACCCACAUCGUCCGCCUCGCGCCGCUGGCCAGCGGCAACCGGGUCAUGGAGACACCGAUCUUCUGCAUGCACCGCGAGGCCGAGCAGGCGAUCGAGAAAUCGGGCAUUCCUUACACAUUCCUGCGAUGCAGCCCGUUCAUGCAGAGCCUCUUCCACUUCUACGACCCGGCGCAGGCCAACCUCGCCGUGCCAUUGGGGAAUGCCAAGACGACGCUGGUCGAUGCCAGGGACGUGGCCGCCGCGGCGGCGGAAGUGCUGUGCCCCUCUGCGUCCGCCGAUCCCGCCGACGACGGGGGCGAUUGCGCUCAGGAGGGACAGUUGACGUCGUUCAGAAGCCAAACGCGGGCGGCGCAGACGUUUCAUAAUCAGACGAUCAAUCUCAGCAGCCGGGAGGUCCUCACCUGUCAGCAGAUCGCCGACGUGAUGUCCACCGUGUUGGGCAAGACCGUGACCUACGUUGACACGUCGGCCGUGAGCUUCGUCAACGAAGCCGAUUCCGACAAGCACCUGCGCCUGCACGGCAGUCGGAGCGCCUGGUUCCUGCGUACGCUGGCGGAGAGCUUCGCCCAUGCCCGCGAGGACGACGUCCAAUCGGCGAGCGACGAGCUCGCCGCCAUUCUCCGGCACCAGGCGCCCAUCAGCCUCGAAGAGUUCGUUCGGGACCACAGAGACGCAUUCGCCGACAACGCCCUCAUCUACUUCAACUCGGACGAGAUGAACGCUCUCUUUUGCCUGUUCACCGAGCUGGACGCGAAUUCGGAUGGGCUGUUGCAGUGGGAGGACUUCCACGGGGCCAUGAAGCCGGCGUUCCACCACCCUUUCAUACCGCAGGCCCUCUGCCGCGCGUUCGAUCCCGACGGCAGCGGCUACGUCGAUUUUGCCCAGUUCGCUAGGGGCAUGAGCGUGAUGACGCGCGGACAUCUGGAUGAACGGCUCACACUGGGGUUCCGCAUGCUGGACCGCGACCGCAAUGGACUCAUCCACUGGCCCGAUCUCGAGCUCUUCCUAGAGUCGCUGUCUCUGAACCUGGUCAACAUGGGGCUUCUAUCGCAGCGCGACCUCCUCCUGCCCGACGACACUGACCCCGACGUCGACGACCAAUUGCCCGAGCGCGAGGGCAGCUUCCUCGCGAACACGUUCAACUUCGUGGCCCGCAUUCCCUCGGGCGUGCUCAAGCGGCGCAACGACGACGGCGAGCCGCCGCCUCCAGCACCGCCCAGCGCUGCCAGCAGCGGCGGCGGCGGCCGGCUCCACUGCAGCGCGCCAGACCACGAGCGCAGAGGCGCCGCGAGCACCGUCGUCGGCGAGCCGAAGCCGAGGAGCAGGCGGCGCGGGUUCCUGUCGAGCUUCGUCAAGAUUCAGUCGGCAAUCCUCUCCACCAGGCCGCCCGCCGACGACGGUGGUAGUAGCGGCGGCGAUGGCGCAAGCGACAACACCAAAGCCGGCGGCGUCAUCGCCGUGAAGCGAAGCAACAGUGAGUCGACGGCACUCGACCGACGACGUCGCCAGAGACAGCAACAGCGGGGAGCGGGGGAGGCCGGCGGCGGCGGCGACGGACAGGACGAUGAAGGCGAAGGCAAAGGCGAAAGCGAAAGCGAAAGCCGGGUCGAAGGCGCAGGAGCGAAGAACGAAGACGACGAGAAGGGGGUGGAGACGCGCCGAAGAAACUUCGUGCUUCGGUUUGGUGCCCAACUGUGGGCACAGCUCGACGUCAACAAGGACGGCAACGUGCCACUGGCCACGUGGAAGGAGGUGCUGAAGAAGCGGACCGCGUACGUGGAAUCGCUGGGCCUGCUGGGGAAUCCCGAAGAGGACACCAGUGAGCACAGACGCGAGCGGCGGGCGAAGAAGGCCCUCACGCUGGGUCACCCCAGUUGGGAUACCGUGCUACACAUUCUGUUAUGCAUUCGACGAGCGAUCGAGGAGGAGGUGCCGGAGGGAGCUGGCGAGGCGCACGACCUACGAAGGGAGGGCAGCGGCGACCCCCUAUUUGGUGGUCUCGGCAGUUCGGCGACCGCCCUGAUCUCAUCGGCGCUGGCCCCUUCUGCCGACCGGGCCGACGCCGCCCCGCCUCCCCAGUUCCUGGUUCGACUGCGCUGCCGAUUGCUGGAGAGCCAGGCCAGCAGCGCGGGCGGUGACGGCGCGUGGAUCGGUCAGAGCUUCGCGCCCGCUGUGUUCGGCCAACUGCGAGACGCCUUCGGCAUCGACCCCCUCGAAUACCGCGUGGCGUUAGGUCCCGAGCGCCUCUUCGCGAGCCUGCUGACCGGCUCCCUGUCGGCGCUCGAGGAGAUCGUGAGCUCGGGCCGCAGCGGCUCGUUCCUGUAUCGGUCGGUGGACGGGCGGUACCUCAUCAAGACCUUGCCGCCGGAGGAGAAGUCCUUCUUCCGUCAGAUCCUGCCCUCCUACUUUGACCAUAUGAUCAAGAACCCCAAUUCGCUGUUGACCCGCUUCUGCGGCCUCCACAAGAUCAGCGGCAACAAAGGGCGUACGACCUCGUUUGUGGUGAUGGAGAAUGUGAUCCACACCGACAAGCCGGUCCACGAGCAGUAUGACCUCAAGGGUUCGACCGUGAACCGGUCCGUGCGGCUCGGGGAAAAGGACGAGAUGGGCAGCGUGGCGCAGAAGGACAACGACUUCCAGCGCAAGCUGCAGCUGGGUCCGCUCGCCCCCACCUUCGUCGCCCAGAUCGAGUCCGACUGCAAGUGGCUGGAGGGCCAUGGGAUCUGUGACUACUCGCUGCUUGUGGGCAUUCACCACUCGCCGCGCGACGGACGGCAGCAGCCGGACGCCACGGCGGCCGAGCGACCACCGCCACAGAGCGUCUUCAAGCGGCACCACGGCGGCGUUUCCGGCGGCGGCGGCGGCAGCGGCGGCGAGGUCUACUGGCUCGGGCUGAUCGACAUCUUGACCACCUACAGCUUCAAGAAGAAGUCGGAGCACACCCUCAAGUCCAUCUUCCACGACCCGAGCCAAAUAUCGGCCAUCCCGCCCGGACCCUAUCGCGAACGUUUCGUGGCCUACAUGCGCUCCAUCGUCGAGUGA